AUGUCUAACGCGGGAAAACAUGCAGUGCCGGUGAAUGCACCAUUCCCUAGACAUCUAAUGAAGAAGAAUGAUGAACAACAAUUCAAGCGCUUUCUUGAGCCCCUGAGGAAAUUGCAUAUCAACAUUCCACUUAUAGAAGCCCUGGAGCAGAUACCAAGAAGAGUCAGCGAGACGGAAGUAAUCACACUAAUGCAGGAGUGCAAUGCAUUAGUAAGCAACAACCUACCCAAGAAACAAAAGAACCCUGGGAGCUUCACAGUUCCUUGGUCAAUAGGAGGAUUGGAUGUGGGUCAUGCGUUGUGCGAUUUGGAAGCCAACAUUAAUCUCAUGCCACUUUCAAUCUUUAAGAAACUGGGAAUUGGUGAAGUACAACCCACUUCUGUUACUCUCCAGCUCGCUGACAGAAUGAUUAAGUACCUUGAAGGAAAGAUUGAAGACGUUCUGGUAAAGGUUGAAAACUUCAUAUUCCUAGCGGACUUUAUUAUCUUGGACUAUGAAGCAGAUAGGGAAGUACCAAUUAUCCUUGGAUGCCCCUUCUUAGCUACUAGGGAAGUUUUAAUUGACAAGCAUAAAGGAGAACUAACUAUGCCCGUGGAUACUCAAGAGGUGAAAUUUAAUGUGUUAAACGCAUUAAAGUUCCUAGAAAAUGAAGAUUGUCAACUAAACAGUAUAGAGUUGCCUGAAGAACAGAUCCAUGUAUGUGAGGUCCUUGUGUUGGAGGAGAACCUGAAAGAACCAGAGCUGCCAAGUCUGAGUGAGCGGCAGACAAAACCAACAUGUCCAUCACUUGAGGAACCACCAGAACUCGAGUUGAAACCGUUACCUAGUCACAUGAAAUAUGCCUUUUUUUUUUUUUCAGGGAUGUUAAAAUCCAGGUGGUUAGGUCUCUUCAUCAUUAAAACAGUCUUUCCAUAUGGAGCAAUGGAAGUAACACGAGAAUAUGGCACCAACACAUUCAAGGUAAAUGGCCAAUGA